AAUAAGAUAAGACAUACAGACACAAAAUAGUCUUGUUUCAGAAGUUCAAUACUGCUCCCUAUCUAUCCUAUUCCCGCUCUGAAUUCGAUAAAUGGAGGGUUUAAUUAUGACUUCUGUGGUUCAAACCCCAAUUAAUUCAAAGAAUUUCUCGAUUGAAUGUGGUUUCUAUGAUGUUAGGAAGAAGCCCUUUGGAGUGGUACUUAAACCUUCGAAGAGUUUUAGGACUUCAAGACUUGUUUGCAUGGCUGAACCGUAUCUGAUAAAGAAGUUGGAUUCUGCUGAGAAAACUUGGAAAGAAUUAUCUGUCAAGCUGGCAGAUCCUGAUGUAAUAUCGAAUAAUAGCGAAUACCAAAAGCUUGCACAGUCUAUGUCAGACCUUGAUGUGGUGGUGACAAUAUAUAGGAAGUUCAAGGAUUGUGAGAAGCAAUUGGAAGAGGCGAAAGUUUUGAAGGACGAGGGUGGUGAUGAAGAUAUGGUAGAGAUGAUUCAAUCUGAAAUAAAAACUUUAUCCGACCAGCUUAAAGAAUUAGAGGAGCAGAUAAAGGUAUUGCUGCUACCUAGUGAUCCUCUUGAUGCACGAAAUAUCCUUCUUGAAGUGAGGGCAGGGACUGGUGGUGAUGAAGCUGGAAUCUGGGCUGGUGAUCUUGUUCGUAUGUAUCAGAGAUAUUGUGAGCGUACCUCUUGGAAAUAUUCACCACUCUCAUGUUCAGAGGCUGAAAAAGGAGGUUAUAAAACAUAUGUGAUGGAAAUUAAAGGAACUCGUGUCUACAGUAAAUUAAAAUUUGAAUCUGGGGUACACCGUGUUCAACGCGUUCCUCAGACAGAAACACAAGGUCGUGUGCACACUUCAACUGCAACUAUCGCAAUUAUGCCAGAGGCUGAUGAUGUUGAAAUCGUAAUUGAUCCUAAAGAUAUUGACCUUACGACAGCAAGAUCGGGAGGUGCCGGAGGACAGAAUGUCAACAAGGUGGAAACAGCUGUUGAUCUCUUCCACAAACCAACAGGAAUCCGUAUAUUUUGUACAGAAGAAAGAUCUCAGCUUAAAAACAAGACUCGUGCACUUCAGCUACUGCGAGCGAAACUGUAUGAAAUAAAAGUUAGGGAGCAACAAGAGUCUACAAGGAAUGAACGAAACUCACAGAUUGGUACUGGAGCUCGAUCAGAAAAAAUUCGGACCUACAAUUACAAGGAUAAUAGAGUUACUGACCAUCGGCUAAAGAUGAACUUUGAGUUGACGUCCUUCCUUGAUGGUGAUAUUGAGACAGCGAUUCAGUCAUGUGUCGCUACAGAACAAAAGGAACGCAUGGAAGGCCUUGCUGAGUCUGUGGGUGCAACCAGUGGUUAAAUUACAGCUUCCCUUUGCCGAAUGAAGAAGCCCCAGGAAAAACAUAGAUUUUGUCCAAUAAAAUAUUGGAAAUUUGGAAUUGACUCACUCCAACACUGGCAGAUUCAGCUGGAAGUCACUGUAGCUUUCGUUUGGAUUCCGUAUCCAAAGUAUGUUCAAGAUCUCCCUGGAACAUGCUCUGGAUUUGGUACAUUGGAGUCUCCUUCGGGCCCAUAAAACUUGAUCUUCUAAUAUUUUCAUGGAUUUUCUUUAUAUCUAAGAUUUGCUGGAAAAAUAAUCAAAUUUUGAGCACUAAAGCCAGUAUCCGCUCAAUAUGUUUUUUUUCCAGAUUCACCUAAGAAAUGAUAAAACUAUAAUUCAAUUGGCUAUAAUAUCCCUCAAGACA